AUGUCAUCUCCCAGACGUCAGAGGAUUAUUCUCAUCACUGGGGCCAGUCAGGGUCUUGGCCUGGCUCUCGCCACGAAGCUGGCAUCGUUUGAACACACACAUGUACUCCUCAGUGCGCUUUCUCUGGCAAGCGGUGAAGAAGCUGCCAGGUCUAUUCAGCCUGUCGAAACAUCGGCAAUCACCCCUCUGGGGCUUGACAUCAACAAUGACAACUCCAUCAGAGCAGCCGUGAGUGAUAUAUCGAACAGAUUUGGACGCCUCGACGUGCUGGUCUAUAACGCUGGAAUAUUCCUCGAUCGCCCAUCCAAGCCGGGAGAAAACGUGUUCCUCAAUGAUAGCGGCGAAGUCAAUUUCCGCGACAUAUUGCGCCAGACGUUUGAAACCAAUGUCAUCUCACCUUUACAAUUGACCGAGUCGCUACUACCAGUUCUGUUGAAUUCUGGAGAUCCACGGGUCUUCUUUAUCACUUCUGGCCUAGGUUCCCUCGCCCUCACACUCGAUGAGAAUGAUCGUUACUUCGGCUUCUAUGCCCCGGCUUAUAAGUGCUCUAAAGCUGCCCUCAACAUGGUCAUGGCUAUAGAGAGCGUGAAACUCCGGAGUUGUGGGGUCAAGGUGAACGCGACGUGUCCUGGUGCCAUAAGUACGGCAAUGAAUGGGUUUCGUGAAGGCCUUGGAGCUGUUGAGGAAGGAAUCAUCAACACAGUGAGAUAG